CUUGAGUUUAAGGAAUUUGAAACCUGUGUGACUGAAGAAAAAGAACAGGGACGGGACAACUUGGUGGGGCUAGAGAAGCAGUUCUGUGAUCAACAACACGGCACGAACACUGGUUUGAAAAUACACUUCCAGCUCCCUCAAAAAAACGUUUUUAACAACUUGAUUGGAGACCGAAAAUGUUGGAGCGACUUUUGCCGUUUUUCGUCACUGUAGUUAAAACAAUGGACUUUCCGCAGUUUCUGCGCUGAGAGAAAACUGCCCGUGAGGUUUUUAUUUUACUUCGGACUGGAGUUAAAACGUCAGUAGGCUGUAGUAGAAGUCAGCAGUGGGAGUAAGCAGAAACAAUUCUAGGACGGUAUCGGGGUAAAGUUUUGAAAUUGUUUUUCGCAACAUAAAAUGAGAAUCAGGGAAGCAGAGGAGUGAUAGCGAGUGGAAGAAAUACCUGUGGAUUUAAAUCGCGAGCAGUCAGUCGGAAGAACAUCCGCUAAACUUUUCAGUGUACAACAAAGAUUUUUAACAGAGCCCGUGAGAGUUAUUGGGAAUGCGGUGACGCGACCUGGAGUUGGAACCGUGAAUUCUGGUGGAAGUGCGCUGCUCCGAGGGACCAGCUAUGGAGAGCGGGUCACAGGGACCGGCGCUGGGGAUACUGUUUGUCGGCGCAUUUUUUAGUUUAGGAUCUGCAAACACUUUGACAGAGCCGCAGUUCAUCCGUAGCCCCGGUAACGUGACGUCGUCGCUUGGGAAGCCUGUAAAAGUGGUGUGUACACUGCAGGGUUGGGGAGGCGAGGACCCCCCUGAUGUGGUCUGGCAGCGGGACGGACAGCCCCUGGAGUACGCUGACACCAACCAAAUACAGGUUCCUGUGGCUUCACGCAGCUGGAUGGUUAUCAGCACACUCAGGAUAGAGAAGGUGCAGCUACCUGACAUGGGUUCUUACCGCUGUGCUGUGAUGUCAGAGGGACACCAAACUCUGUCUGUAGCAGGACACAUUCAUCUAGAAGGUCUUCCUCAUUUCUCUGUGGAGCCUCAGCACCAGUCAGUGGUAGCCAAUGUCUCUCUGAGUCUGCACUGUGUGGCCCACGGCCCCCCGGAGCCCGUCAGAGUCAUCUGGCUGCAGGACGGGGCCCCUCUAAACUCUCUGCAGGACCAUGUUGCCCUGUCCCCCUCUACAGUCAACAUAACAGGUCUGAACAGAACCAGUACUUUCUCCUGUGAGGCGCACAACCGUAAAGGUGUGGCGACAUCAGGCUCUGGGACCAUCACAGUCCUGCCAUCCCAGCCCCAGAGAGUCAGGGCUGUUGACGUCACCAACUCUAGCCUGCUCCUCUCCUGGGAACCUGGCUUUGGAGGAGUCUAUCCUAUAACCCACUGCACCAUACAGGUCAAGCGUUCAGGAGAGGACGUCGGUGUCGGGGGGGUGGAUCACAUGCUCCACAACCAGAAUGUGCACAUCCCACCCGCCAGCCACCUGAUCAGGGAUCUGGAGCCGAAUAGUGGCUACGCAGUGAGGCUUGCCUGUCACACCACCCAGGGGGUGUCAGAUUGGACACACUGGGCCACACUACACACCGCAGAAGGAGUGCCCGACGGACCUCCGGGGAACGUCAGUGGGGUGUUAAAUGGGACAGAAGUGAUGGUCAGCUGGGAGGAACCAGAUGGAAGGAUGAACGGAGACCUACAGGGAUACCUGCUGGAGUACAGCAGCCCCAAUGUGGAACAGGCUGUAGUGGACACGGGCCUCUACACAGAGCUGUCCAUCAACCUGUCCGUCCCUCUGUCUAAUGUGUCCUUCAGGGUGUGUGCCUACACCAAGGCGGGACAGGGGCCAUGGACCCCCCUACACACCCUCACCCUUAUCCCCCCUGAAAUGGGAGAGCUUCAAUCCAGAGAUACCUCCUACCAGCCGCUCUUCUCUUGGCACUGGUGGUAUGUUGUCAUGGCGAUAGCUGUUGCCGUGGCACUAGCAGUCCUAAUGGCAGUGUACGUGGCCAAACUACGGCGGAAGGAGACACGCUUUGGGGAAGUGUUUGAGCCCAUGAUGGAGAGUGGAGAGCUGGUGGUGAGGUACAGAGCACGACGUACAUACAGCCGCAGGACCACUGAGGCCACAUUGAACACCCUCGGCAUCAGUGAUGAGCUGAAACAUAAGCUGCAGGAUGUGAUGGUGGACAGACACAAACUAACCCUGGGAAAGACUCUGGGAGAGGGAGAGUUUGGCUCUGUGAUGGAGGGAGCGUUAACACAUGAGGAGUCUGUGCUCAAAGUGGCUGUGAAGACCAUGAAGAUCGCCAUCUGUACCCGCACUGAGAUGGAAGACUUCCUGACAGAAGCUGCCUGUAUGAAGGAGUUUGACCAUCAGAACGUCAUGAGACUGCUAGGUGUGUGUCUACAGACAGUAGAGAGUGAAGGUUACCCCUCCCCUGUGGUCAUCCUGCCCUUUAUGAAACACGGAGACCUACACAGCUACCUGCUCUACUCACGCCUUGGAGACUGCCCCGUGUACCUGCCGUCUCAGAUGCUGGUGAAGUUCAUGGUGGAUAUCGCCAAGGGGAUGGAGUAUCUCAGCAGAAACAACUUCAUCCACAGAGACCUGGCUGCAAGGAACUGCAUGCUGAAUGAGAACAUGAAUGUGUGUGUUGCUGACUUCGGCCUUUCUAAGAAGAUAUAUAACGGAGACUACUACCGCCAGGGUCGCAUCUCUAAGAUGCCCGUCAAAUGGAUCGCCAUCGAGAGCCUGGCAGACCGCGUCUACACCACCAAGAGCGAUGUGUGGUCAUUUGGCGUGACCAUGUGGGAGAUAGCAUCGCGCGGCCAGACUCCGUACCCAGGUGUGGAGAACAGUGAGAUAUAUGACUACCUGAGACAAGGGAACCGUCUCAAACAACCUCCAGACUGUCUGGACAGCAUUUAUCCCCUGAUGUUCUCGUGCUGGUUCUUGAGUCCUAAGGACCGUCCUCUGUUUGAGACUCUACGUGGGGAGCUGCAGAAGGCUCUCGAGGACCUGCCGGACUCCCAGGACCCAGAUGAGAUCCUCUAUGUCAACAUGGAGGAGUCGAUGGAACUGGGGGCCGUGGGGGGACGCGACCCAGCCGGGGGCCUGAAGGGCUUGGACUCUGUGGCCACGGUGGAGGUGCACCACACCCACCCGAGCCGCUAUGUCCUCUGUCCCCAACACGACACCAACCGCCUGCUCUCUGACUCCCUGGAGAGUCUUAACCUGGUGUCCUCCUCUUCCGCCACGCUGCCCCUGGGGACAACCCUACAACCCUCCGGCUGCUCCACCCCGACAAGCACGGCAGAGGUGCAGGAGGACAGGGGAGGGCCCAGGAAGGUACCCUGGUAGUGAUGAAGGGCUCUACGCUCACCACUGUCACAGAGUCAAUACAGACUGGUCAAUACCAUCAGAACUAUACAAUCCCUCCUGUUGGUAUUCACUGUCAGUCUUGACAGAUAGACUGGCCAAUACCAUUUAAUCCCAAUCAAAUCAUUUAGCAAGCCUUUUUUGCACAAACAUACUCCUACACACACCCAUACACACUCCUUUAGGCAUUCCACGUUGUGAUUGAAAUAGUGGGAUUGUCAAAAUGUAUAUAGUUACGUCCUCACAUCUCCUCCUUCUUAAGCACACUUCGUACCGUAAUGAGUCUACAGACUAUUGGCCCUGAAACCCUUCAGACAGACAAGACAGUAAAGACCAGUGCCCCUCAGACAGUAAAGACUAGUACCCCUCAGACAGUAAAAACCAGUACCCCUCAGACAGUAAAGACCAGUACCCCUCAGACAGUAAAGACUAAUACCCCUCAGACAGUAAAGACCAGUACCCCUCAGACAGUAAAGACCAGUACCCCUCAGACAGUAAAGAGUAGUACCCCUCAGACAGUAAAGACCAGUACCCCUCAGACAGUAAAGACCAGUACCCCUCAGACAGUAAAGACUAGUACCCCUCAGACAGUAAAGACCAGUACCCCUCAGACAGUAAAGACCAGUACCCCUCAGACAGUAAAGACCAGUACCCCUCAGACAGUAAAGACCAGUACCCCUCAGACAGUAAAGACCAGUACCCCUCAGGCAGUAAAGACCAGUACCCCUCAGACAGUAAAUACCAGUACCCCUCAGACAGUAAAGACCAGUACCCCUCAGACAGUAAAGACCAGUACCCCUCAGACAGUAAAGACCAGUACCCCUCAGACAGUAAAGACCAGUACCCCUCAGACAGACCAGACAGUAAAGACCAGUACCCCUCAGACAGUAAAGACCAGUACCCCUCAGACAGUAAAGACCAGUACCCCUCAGACAGUAAAGACCAGUACCCCUCAGACAGUAAAGACCAGUAC